AUGGUGCGCUGGAUCUUGAACGCCGGCCCGGCGGGAAUCCCGCUCACGCUGCAGACGAUCCGCGACCACGUCGCCGUCAUCGCACGCGACCUGGGAAAGCCCCUGUCCUUCCGAUGCUCCGUGGGAUGGGUUCGGCGCGCACUACGGCGCAAUGGCAUCCGGUGCCACAGCGCGGCUGGCAAAGUGGCGGAUCAAGAUAUGGCAGUCGUGCGCACCUGCAAGGAGAAGCUCCCGCAGCUCCUCAUGCACCUCUCCUUCUCGCUGCGCGACGUCUACAACUUCGACGAGACCGCAUUGUGGCUCUCGGUCCUGCCGCGGAAGACAUACGCGCAUGUGCGUGUGGCUGGGCGUGAAAUCGCGAAGGAAAGGCUCACCCUCUUCACGCACUUUAUGGAGCAAUUGAAUGCAGCGGUGUUCGCCGAGGAUCGAAGCAUCGUCAUCUUGCUUAACAACGCCUCGAGCCACGUGCUCAAGACCGAGGGCGCCGAGACCGAGGACUUGUUCGGCUUCCGCAUCCGGUCUCUUAGUAACAUCAGGCUGGUGUUCCUUCCGCCGAACACCACCUGCUUUACUCAACCGCUGGAUCAGGGCAUCAUCGCCAUGAUGAAGGCCCGGUACCACCAGCAUUGGCUUGAGGUGGUCCUCGCGCUGUGGGUGGAGGGCGGCGCCACAACGGCUCUCGCGCGCUACAAGCCAAACCUCCGCGACGUCCUUGCGUGGCUGCUGGACGCCUGGAUGAACAUCGGCGUGCGCAGGAUUCAGAGGUGCUGGUGGCGCAUGGGGUGUCUCCACGUCACGUGGGCUUUGUCUCUGUCCCACGUGGGCGCCGAGGGCCUCACAGCAGGUGGCGGCGGUGUGGCCCCGCUCGCCAUCGAUCUCAAUGGCGAGAUCGAUGACGUGGGGAUUCUCAUCGACCGUCUUGGCCUUGGGCCAAGCGCGAUGCCGGCCGCCAACUUUGUCGCAAUUGACGUCGGGCACCCGACAUGCGCCAAACUGGGCGAGGUUCCUCUCUCUCUCGAGCUCGCGACGGCGUAUUCGGCUACGUCUUGGGAAGAGCCGGCGACCAUGGAGGCCGUCUACAACGACGACAACUUGGCGACCCGCGAAGCGCAUCGCACGGCCUGCGCAGCAUGCACGGGGUAG